AAAACCAUGCAUCUAAUCUACACUUGUAAUUCGUUUCCUUUCAUCGUCGCCCAAAAACAUGUCUUCGAUUUCAACUCCUUUCCAGCCCCUACUCUUUAAAUUCAAGCGUAAUUCUUCACCUAAGCUUUAUAAACCCUUUGACCCAGAAUUUUCCCUGUGUCUACGAACCCGGAAAACUAGUUUUCUUGGAGGGAUUUUGACCGAGAAAAUUGGGUUGCGGGACCGUUCAAGAACUAUGAUUAAAACUUUGGUGUUAAAGGACUCCAGGGACGGAGACGAUGGUAUUCAGGUGCUCGAAGUUGAACAAGAAAGUCUCAUUGCCGGAUCAAUUCGGGUCCAAAGUUUCGAGGCCACUUUGAAUCGUUUGAGCAAGUGGUUGGUGGCGGCGGCUUUGUUCGGUGGAGUGAUACUUUGGAGGCACGACGCGGAGGCUUUAUGGAUGGCGAUGGGUUCGAUUGUGAAUGCGUUGCUCUCGGUUGUGCUGAAACGCGUCCUGAACCAAGAGCGGCCAGUUGCAGGGCUUAAGUCCGAUCCGGGGAUGCCAUCUUCUCAUACCCAAUCCAUUUUCUUCACUGUCGUCUUCACUAUUGCUUCAAUUUUGGAAUGGCAGGGAAUUAAUGAAUUUUCAGUGUGCAUCUCCGUUCUGGCUCUGGCUUUCGGUUCAUAUUUUUCAUGGCUUCGAGUGUCACAAAAGCUUCAUACGAUCAAUCAAAUUAUUGUGGGUGCUGUCGUAGGUUCGAUUUUCUCAAUUUUGUGGUACAUUUCAUGGGAUGCAGUUGUUUUGGAAGCAUUUAAUUCCUCGUUGUUGGUAAGGGUAAUUGUUCUUCUGGCUUGUGCUGGAUUGGCCUAGGUUUUCUUGUAUACGUGAUUCAAUAUUGGCUCAAGGAUGAAAGAUGAACUCUGUAUUUAUGUUUUUAUAAAGAUAAACUAAUACAAGUCAUUUGACUCCUCAUCUCAAGAGUUUCAAACUCAUCUAGACAAUUUGUCUGUCAUGAUGUUUUCCAACAGUUCCCAGAACUGAUUCAAAAGAUGUUGAGGAAAUGCAGAUUGACACGUUAAUGCAAGAUGUUUGCAGAUUACUCCAAAAUUGGGUUGGC